AUGGCCAUCAGUACGGGUAACAAGGAGUUGAGUGAGCUCCAGGAGCCUGAUAAACUUCGUCAGCUGUCGCAGAGCGGCGCUCACCCAGGCAUCCGGCAGCGUCUCUGGGGUCUGCAGGCCCGGCUCGACCCUUCUGUCACCUUUGAAGAAUAUAGCUUCUGGGCCAAGAUCGAACGUGAGAUGGAGGCCGAGGAAUACCGGCGAUAUAUGGCCAAGCUCAAGGGCGGAGGCAUGGUGGGCUACCUCAAAGCCUAUUUCAGCAACAGCACCGAAUUUGAUGCUUCCAGUAUCGAAGGCUCUCAAGAGGAGGUGACACACAGCGACAGCGCGAAGCAGGAUCAUCCCGAGAAGGAGAAGAAUGCCAUUGUUGCCAACGACUCAGGGCUCACCCCAAUCGCGCCGUCAAAAAUCCACGAUAUGGAUGCCGAGUGGCGACGAGCAGCUCGUGCGCUCCGCACCACUGGCUGGAUCACCAUCUUCUACCUCAUCACCACCGACAUCCUUGGCUGGAGUCAGACUCCGUAUGUCUUCGCCAGUGUUGGCUACGGUCUCGGUGUCGGCAUUUUCGUGCUUUUCGGAAUCGCCGCCGCCGCCUCGGGGCUGAUGAUCUGGAAGGUCUUUCUGGCUCUUGACUCCUCGCGCUACCCCAUGUUGAGCUUUGGCGAUCCUUUCUUCCGCCUCUUCGGUCCCAAGACCCGUCACUUCAUCAACGUCACUCAGGCCUUUCAGAUGUGGUGUUCCGUCUGCGUGGUGCUCAUGGGCAACUCACAGGUCUUGUCACAACUAGCCAAGGCAAAGGUCUGCUACAUCGCCAUCGUUAUCAUUAACAUGGUCAUUGGUAUGGCUUCGGGCUGGCUGCGAUCUCUGAAGCACCUUGGCUGGCUCUGUAACUUUGCAGUCUGGUUCAACAUUGUCAGCUUCAUUAUCAUCUGUGCAGCUGCUGCUCUCAAUGGACCCGAUCCUACCGUCGCUCUCCAGACAACCCUCUUGAAGAAAUUCGACCCGGUCAAAACCUUUAUCGGUACACCACCUGCCGAAUACCAGCAGCAGUCGACAAAUCUGUUUGCCGCACAGUUCAACGGCAUCGACACCAUCGUCUAUGCCUACUCUGGAGCUCUUCUCUUUGUCGCCUUCUUGUCCGAGAUGCGCCAUCCGAUGGACUUCUGGAAGGGAUGUCUCCUGGCUCAAACCUUCAUCCUGGUCGUGUACGUUUUCUUCGGCGCCUUCGUUUACACCUAUAUUGGUCAGUACUCGAUCACCAGCAUCACGCAGGUUGUCAGCCCCUAUGGUCUGCAGCUGGUCAGCAACAUCCUAGCUUUGGUGACUGGGUUCCUCGCCAUCUUCUUGUAUUUCAACAUUGGCAUGAAGACGGUCUACCUGGAAGUCGGCCAGGAGCUCUGCGGUCUGCCGCCAAUCAGCACGAAGAAGGGAUACUAUUUCUGGCUGGUUCUUGGACCGGUUUACUGGAUCAUCGCCUUGGUGCUUGCCGUUUCCGUUCCCAAUUUCACGUCAAUCACCAAUCUUAUUGGGGGCUUGCUCAGUCUCAACUUCACCUACAGUAUCCCUGCCAUCAUGUACGUGGCUUGGGCCAUCCAGAAUGCUGCAGCACUGCCUGGCGAGGGUUUCGACCCCUACACCGGAGUUACCACUCGUCAUGACGAAGGUUGGCCUCGGUACAUGCGUGGACUUCGCAAGAGUUGGUGGUAUUCCGUUCCCUCGAUCCUGUUUGCCCUCGGCGGUUUGGCCUCUUCCGGGAUGGGCUCUUGGUCCGCCAUUCAAUCCCUCAAGGAGAUCUUCGGCCCUGGUGGCACCAUCCAAACGUCUUGGAGCUGCACUGCUGUCGGUUAA